AGGAUAGGUUCAAAGUUACCAUGUAAAAGUGGAAAAAAGCUAGAAACUUUAGAAGCAGAUGGCUUAAUUCAACAUAUUGUAAAUGCCAUUGUUGAUUUAUCCCGAUUUAAACUUGGCACAAUUGCACAUAAUUUAACCAAACUUUUAGAAAGUAUCUCAAAGCAUACUCAAACAUAUGAAGAUUUACCUUCAACCGAUGUAUUACAAUCACAACUAUUUAUUUUAAAAAUUUUAUCAGCAUGCAUGACUCAUCACUGGAAAUUUCAUCGAGGAACAUCAAUAGAAUCACCAUCUAAAGAAACUUCAAUUGAAGAAUCAUUAAAUACAUCAAAUACGUCAAGUCCGACAAGCCCAUCAAUCCCAUUAAAUACUACAAAUACACCAAAUAUGUCAAGUCCAUCAAAUACAUCUUUUAGAUUACCAAGAUCAUGGGAUGAUCCACCACCUUUAGAUGAUAAUUUAGCAGUAUUUAUUCUAAAAGUUUUAUCUCGAUUUCUUUAUCAAAUGGCUUCUUUAGAAGAUUAUAACCCAAACGUUCAUAAUGGACCAAGUGGAGGAAAAGAAUCUCCUAUCCAUAAUGCUCAAGCUGCUUGGUCUCCUGCAACAUAUGAAUUAGUUAGUGAAAUAUUUAAGAGUGCUGGGCGAGUGAUAUUUUAUAUUAGUGCCUCAAAUUGGAAUGUUGUUUUUGCAAGGAUUAAAAAUCGAAUUGCGUUCUUGUCUGCUAUAAAUGAUGAAUGGCCUGAUACAUCUGAAUUAAAGCUGCUUGAGUGUAGUGAUUUAAAUUCAAAAAGAUUAUCAAUGGUAUUGCAAGAACUUUGUAAUUCUUUUAUGAAUUUAAAAAGAUAUACUCAAAUAUCAAUGGCAAUUGUACUUCGAAAAGCUAUUUGGAAUUGGAUUGAAGUUUUCCCAGCAGAAUUUGUUAAAUUGUGUCAAUCACAAAAAAGAAUGGAUGGUGGACCUGAACUUCUUUUUGAUAUAUGUAAUAAUAUUUCUAGCGGAAAUAAAAGUAAAAGUUUAUUUUGGCCUUUGCAAACUAUGUUGCUGGUCCUGUGUCCUGAUAUGCUAAUGAAUGCCGUUACAACGGAUAAAGCCCCAACUAAGUCAGCUCAACGAAAGAUAUUAUUUUUUGACCAUCUUAAAAAGUCUUUAAGGGGUAGAAAUCAUGCAGAAGUUGCUGCCUCAUGUUAUGUAGAUAUUUUUAAAGCUUCUACUUAUGUAGCAAGAAACGAAAAAUCUGCACUACGUCAAAUAGUACCAGAAAUGGAAAAUGAGCUGAAGGAUAAGCUAUUUGACCCAAACAAACCGUUCCCUAAUGAACAAAACGUUGAUCAGAAGCUGAUGACUGAAUGUUUAACAGCUUUAUUUAGAAUAAAUCCUGAAAACACUUUACGCACGUUAAUUCCUAUAUGUGUACAUGAAGAUGCACCAAAUUCUUUUAAGUUAGUCCUGGUCAAAAGUUGUUAUUCUAUUGCAGCAGAGGAACCACGACUCCCUUGGAGUCCUAAGAUUAACACUAUGUAUCCCUAUUUAGCAGCGCCGCUUCGUAAGUUAUUUCAAGAUCUCAUUAAUUCUCGUACCACACCUUUUGACAUGAACAGGCACAAUAGAAGAAAUCAUGAUGAAAGAACAGAAAUCAUUUUAAACAUAUUAAAAUUGUAUCGCACUGAGCCGUAUCUUGCAAUCGUUGAAAGAAACACGAAUGAACAAAUUGUCGACAAUCAAUCCAUUAUACUUGGAAUUAUGAAAUGUUUGAAUGACAGUAGUUAUAUAAUUAGGACUACUGCAGGUGAUACUUUAUUAGAGCUUCAUAGCCCCAACCUUAUAGAAUCUUGGGGUACUGGAGAAAAUAAAAUGCAACAUUUUUGGUAUAUAAGUUCACAAAUAACUUGUACCGUUGCGAAACAAAUUUUGGAAAUGAAAGAUAAAGAUGAAUUAAUUAAAUAUAUGUUGGAUCUUUUGUUCCAACUUUUACUCCGACGUAACGAUUUUCUUAGGGCUAGAUCAAACAAGGACAAACCAAUUACCCCCACAAAUAUUCCAGAUCGGCUAAGUUCAAAUGUAGCACUUGAGAUUGCUUUAUUGGUCUCUUUGUGUUCUUCAGAUAUAGAAAUAUGUUCAAUUGCAAUCAAUUGUUUUGAUCAGUUAUGUGAAGAAGCACGAAUAACAGCUGAAAAUUUUACAAUCGAUGUGGAUGCACCUCAAGAAUUGCCAUUGCCUUCUCAAAUGACGAUUGUUGAAAAUUGGAAUGUUUAUAUAGAAUUAUCAAAUUCACCGUAUAUAGUUCCUGGUCGAAUGGCACAGCAAAGACGUAUUCGUAAAUUAUUACGUCUGAUGACUCGACCUACACCUGGUAAUAUUGGUGCAUGGGAAGAGGCAUGGGAUAGAUGGAAGAAACUCACAGAUAUAAUUGCAAAACAAUCUGAUGAACCAGCUCCAUUAACUCCAGUAACUCACAAAAAAGUUGUUGGUUUUUUGGCACCAGUUAGAGCACAUCCUGUUGUAGUUCCUGAUAUCAAUGAAUCACAAACUAUAGAAUGGCAUAAUUAUACAGGUUUUCUUGCAGCUUUGGGCGGUUGCUGUGGUCAUGAAAGAUUAAAUCCAAGUAACGGACGAGGUUUAGAUAUUACUCAGAGAAGAGUUUCUAUAUCUUCGGGUUCUGAUUAUAUAAUAAAGAUCGAAAAAUUUGUUCAAGAGAUGGUUAGUUUAUUGGUCAGUGAUACAAUUUUUGUUCGAGAAAGUGUGAAAGAAGCCCUCGGUAAUGAAUUAAGUCCAAGAUUAUAUGUUAUUCUUUUCCGUCAUUUGGAAUCAAUAGUUUCUCGAUUUGAAAAAGGUGGAGAAGCUAGUCCUCAGGAAAAGUUCACUCUCUUUGUCGAACAAACAAUUUCAGUAUUAAAAUUAAUAUUGGAACGUAUCUAUGAUAUGUCCGACAAUUUAUACAGCUGUGAUAUUGGUGGGCUAGUUCUUUCAUUUGCCCGUUAUCUAAAUAAGUUAGGUACAAGUAAUACUUCUCUUCGUAUAAAAAAGAAAAUGUGCCAACUUGCAGAACUUUUAAUGGUAAAAAAAGAAUACGUUAACCUACGUCAAGAAAUUAAGCUACGUAAUCAUUUAUUAGAGAUUAUUAUGGAAUGGACUUCGGAUUUUUCUAAGUCCGACAAUUCAAGUGUAGAAAAUCAUUCAGUUUCUAACAAGAGUGAACGGUUACAUAGAGAAUUGGAUCAAGCAUGUUUAAAAACUAUAGUAGCGCUUUUACAUUUAUUACCGUUACAACCUUCCGAAAUUUCACCCGAUUCUGACUUGAGUCAGAUUAAAUGCAAAAUGUUUUACAAGUAUUUUUCAUUUUUUAUCAAGUUAUUGAACAGAUGUAGAAUUCUAGAGGCAAUUGAUAGUGGAACACAUUCUGCCAAAAACAAUCAAGAUUUACAAAUGCUGUUAUCAAAGUCCAAGGAAUACGUCAAGGAUCUUGGGCCUUUGAAAGAUUAUACCAUUUUAGCCUUGAGUAAUCUUUUAAGUGCUAAUGUAGAAUCUGGCCUUAGAUUCUCACUAUCCAUGGGAUACCAUGAAGAUUCAAAAACCAGAACCGCGUUUAUGCAAGUUCUUACUAAUAUCCUCAAUCAAGGAGCUGAAUUUGAAGGAUUGGAUGAGAAUGCUAUGAAAGAAAGAUAUAAUAGACUAGUUGAGGUUGUUACGAAUUCAGACUUUGAUAUUGCACUAUCUCUUUGCGAAGUUUCUACCGAACAAGAUGAAUUAUCCAAAGUUUUGGUAGCGGUGUUUGACUCGCAAAAUAAAUUAUUGGAUUUCUUAAAAGCUAUACUUGUCAAUGAAGUAAAUAGAACAGAUUAUGAAGCAGAUCUGUUCAGAAAGACUAGCAUAACAACAAGAUUGUUGGGGGCUUUUGCUAAAGCUCAUGGAACGGAAUAUCUACGUGAAACGCUUCAACCAAUUUUAAACGACUUGGCUGAAAAACCGUCAGAUUACAGUUGCGAACUUGAUAAUGAUAGAAUGCUUCCAAAUGAAGAUUUAGAAGAAAAUUUGAAGAAUCUCAAGGAGCUUGCAAAAGCUUUUAUUAAUGCAAUAUGUAAUUCUAAGGAUAAGAUUCCUAGGUCUUUCAGAUACGUCUGUCACUAUAUUGCAAAAGCUGUUGCAGAAAAAUUUCCGGAAUCAGCAUAUAUAAUGGUCGGUUCCUUUAUAUUUCUAAGGUUCUUUAACCCGGCUUUAGUUGCCCCUGAUAGUGAAAAUCUUUGCAAACCUAUCGAAAAUCCAAGAUUCCGAAGAGCUCUUUUAUUUGUCACUAAAGUUGUUCAAAACCUUGCGAACGAUGUAGUAUUUGGAGGUAAAGAACCACACAUAAUGAAUAUGAAUUCUUUUUUAAAAGAACAUAUUCAUCAAAUGAAAGCUUUUUUAGAAGAAAUAUCGCGAUUACCAUAUUCGACACCAACAACUGAAUUAAAAUCUACGGAAUUUACACCACGCAGACUAGAUGAAAAUCAUAAGAAGUCGUUACAUAAACAUUUAUAUAAUAAUCAAGAAAAGAUGGCGCGAGAAAUUUCAGCCCGUAGAGUUAAAUAUAGUCUCUCGGGAAUUUCAAUGGACUCUGAACAAGCUCAAGUUAAUAAAAUGUCUUGGGAAAGACUUGCAACUUUACUAGCUCAACUAGGUCCACCUGAACAAUCAAAGAAAGAGAUCAUUCAUGUUCACACGCAGAGUUAUGACACAGCCAAUCAUUAUUUCCUAGAUUUUAUGAAAAGGAACAAAGAUCGUAAUUUGGAUUCAUUGAAAAAGAAUAUAUUUUAUGAAAGUGGUGUUUCAAAGGAGAGACGCCCUGUAUUUUAUUAUAUAGCACGAGAACUUGAAGCUGAGUCAACAGACAUUGAACUUUUGAUGUAUCAUAUCCUCAAUACAAUUGAGAGGAGAAUGGGAAAACCAUUUGAAGUAGUUGUUGAUUUAACUCGAUUCAGUUCUGACAAUGAGAUUCAAUCUCAAUGGGUUCAACACUUUAUUCAGAUCCUUCCCUUCGAUAUCCAAGAGAAUCUUGCAAGACUAUAUUUUUAUAAUACCAAUACAGCUUUUAGGAAAUUUGCGAAAAAAUUAUCUCGUCCUUUACCUAAUAAAAUAUUGAGGAAGGCGGUGUUUUGCUGUAGCCUAGCCGAAAUUAAUGAUCAUAUUGCUCCAGGGGAGGUUGGUUUACCCAGGUCUACAACAAUAUUGGACACUGACCCUAGUACUAGCUACGCAAAUGUAACUAGAAUCUCACACUAUAGAAUGCAUAUUCCAGUAUUAAUAAGAUUAAGUAACGAAUAUAUUCAAAUAUCAACACAUAAAAAGCAAGAUUUAUUCUACGGAUUGAGUUGUCAACUCAAUGAUGUAUAUCAUAUAUCGGAAAUCGAGGAUAUAACCAAAUCAACUCAUAGAAAUGAUGAUCAAGAAUUUAUCAUUAAACAAGAUCGUGGUAGACCUGUAUAUGCAUUAUCGAGUCAAAAACGAGAAGUUAUUAUACAGGCAAUAAAAUCAUCUAAGGCUCGAUAUCAAAUAGAAAAACCAACUACUACUAUACUAGAAAGAACAUCUUUAAGCCCAAGUAGUGUACCCGGUACUCUGCUAAAUAUGUCACUUCUUAAUAUCGGAUCUGACGACCCAAAUUUGAGACUAGCAUCUUAUGAUUUAUUAGUAGCUUUAAGUCUGAACUUUAAUUUUGAUGUUGGAAAACAGCUUCUCAGCGCCAAGGGUUUAUGUAUACCUGCUAAUAAUAGCACGUUUAUUGUGCAAUUAAGUGAAAGACUGGCCGUUUCAGAAACCGGGUUAACAUUGGAAUUUCUAUCAGAGUUCUUUGUUGGAUUUUAUAAAUCCAACACACCACAAAAACACUUGUGCCUUCAAUACAUGGCACCAUGGCUUCCAAAUUUAGCACUUUAUUAUAGAAACGGUGCCGAAUUUAUUAAUAAAACAAAAGAUAUCAUUAGAAAUUUGAUUGACAUGACAACUAAGGAGCCAGAGUUGUAUACUGCCAUACAAACAAAUGUAUGGAACACACUUAAAGGAGUCGACGAAAUAACUAAUUUAAUAAUCGAUGAAUUUGUUGAAUAUUCUGUGAAGCAUGGAAUAAGUUCGGCAUCGGCUGAAAUUGUCGCGAAUACGAUCGUCACCCUUUCAUCCGUAAAUGUUCGUGGUAAAAUUAUUGCAAGGCUUCGUAGGGUUAUUACACGUACUUCAUUGAAUCCAACAAGAACUCUUACAGAAAAUCCGGCAUGGCCUGAAAUCGCAGUUUUGAUUCGUUUUAAUCUUAUGCUGUCGUUUAAUAAUCGACAGCAUGUUCAGCUAUAUCUACCCGAAUUAUUCUAUAUAAUAACAAUGCUUAUUGCAACUGGAGCUCCAUUCAUUAGAGCUUCAAUUCAUGGAUUGAUAGUGAAUUUAGUUCAAAGCCUUUGUACUGUUCAAACUCUUGAUCCAUCAAAUUUGAAUCGAUUAAAUAUAUUGUUAACAGAAUUGUCAGAACCAAACUUUAAAUUAUUUUUUGGGUUAUCUAAUGUGUCGGGAAACGCUUUUUCAAUGACAGGUGAGUCUGUUGUUGAUUUACCAAACAACAUGCCACUUAAUUCCCUGGAAACUGUUGUUCAGGCCCUCCUGGAAGUUAUGAUUUAUGGUGCUCCUUCCGUUGAUGUGUCAAAUACCUGGAGAGCACGCUGGAUGGGUUUAGUCGCGAGUUCAUCUUUUCAACCUAAUCCUGCAAUACAGCCAAGAGCCAUUGUUGCUCUAGGUUGUUUAGCACGUGUAGAAGUUGAUGAUGAUCUUCUAUAUCAAAUAUUAGUAGCGUUAGAAGGAGCAUUGAAAAAUUUUUCGGAGAGUGAAUGUUCUUUGAUUCAAAGUAUAAUAAUGUGUUUAACGAAUAUAGUUGAAAAUUUAUCAAGAGAAUCACGAUAUCUUCAACGUAUGUUUUGGUUGUCAAUGGCACUUAUUCAAAUUGGACAUAUACCAAUAUUUCAAAGUGCUGUUAAUUUACUUCAAGUAACAUUGAGAGCUUUGGAGUCGCAUAAUUUCUUUGAAAAUCAAGAUCUUGCAUCAUUUUUAUUGAAUUCAAGAAGAUGUUUGGACGUAAUGAGAGAAAUGGAUAAAGAAGCGGGAAUUAAUUAUAAACAUUUUUCAUUUGCAGUAGCUGCAGCAUUAUUAAAAGGAUUAAAAAAUCCAACAACAAAAACUUCGACUCAAUCAGCUUUAAUUGUAUUUUUGGAUAUAGCGGCAAAAGGGGUUAAUGGAAUUAACCCUGGGAACAAUGUAAUUGAGUCAAGUAUGUUAGGAUAUUUAGCGGCUUUAUUACCAAUGUCGGCGAAUGAUGCUGAUAUGAAAGGAUUACUUGGAUUAAGUGGAAUAUCAGAUAUUUAUGUUGAUGACACGGAGCUUCAAACAACAUAUUAUAAAAUAUUUGACAGACUCGAUAUACCAGAUAACCAAACAGCUUUACUUUUAAUUUCUUUAAUGGUAACAGUGUUACAACAUGCCGAAAGUGAAGCUGAAAGAUUAUUUCUUUACGGAUUUUUAGCUGAAGCAGCAAAUGCUGUUCCAGAAGUAUUUGCUUUAGUUUAUGAUACCCUUUUACCCAAAAUGAUUCAAAUUGUAUCAACCAAUGAUACAAUACCAAUAUUGGAUGCAAUACAUUCAAUACAUUAUACAGUCGGGUGUGAACCACUUAAUUACGAACAACAAUCUUACACAAGAACCAAUGGUAAUCAUUUAUCUUAUUUAUCCGAGAUCGGAUUUAAUAAUUUAAUGGAUUGCGGUUCAUUUCAGACUGUGACGAGAGAAAAAAUGAAAAUUAAUGCUAAGUUAACCAGUAAAUUAAUCAAUUGUAUGAUUAACUGUGAAUAAGAAUAAUGAAAAUUUUAAAUUUUACAUAUUUUAUUGUACUUUAAAAAUUGUAUUUAUAUUCAGAAAAUACUACUAGUUUUAUUAUAAUUUUGUAUUUUAUUUAUUUGUUUAUUUGUUUAAUAAAAAAAAAAUGCUAAUCAUAAAAAUUUACACUGAUAAUUUAACACCCAAUCUAGCUCAUUAGAAAUACACUAACCUGUUCAAUUGCAAUUUUCGGUCAUAUGCACCAAAGAUUUUAUAGGUUUUCAUGUAUUACACAAAAAAUCAGACAAAUCAAACCCAACCGAAAAAAUAGGGUUAUUGAAUAUUAACAAUUAAUUACCCGAUUCUUAACCACCUGAUAUGUUUGAUAGCCAUACGUGAUUUUGUUGUCACAUCCA